CGGUCUGGAGCUCGGCUAGUCAUGGAGGAACUCGCGCGCGAGAGCAUCCGCAGCCUCAGCCUGCUGUCCAAACCUGCGCGAGGCUCUGAGGAGCCGCGCCUCGGCUCGUUCGGGGCCAUUUUCAUCAUGCUGAAAUCCGCGCUCGGAGCGGGACUCCUCAACUUCCCAUGGGCGUUUGAGAAGGCGGGUGGCGUGAACAGAGCCAUCACUGUGGAGAUGGUGUCUCUGGUAUUUUUGAUCAGUGGCUUGGUCAUUCUGGGAUAUGCCUCGUCUAUCAGUCGACAGAGCACCUAUCAUGAUGUGGUGAAAGAAGUGUGUGGCCGCAGGAUUGGCCAGCUCUGUGAGAUCUGCUUCGUCUUCAACCUCUUCAUGAUCUCUGUUGCAUUCCUUGUGGUGGUGCAGGACCAGUUGGAGAAGUUGUGUCUAUCUUUGUAUGAAAUGGUGACAGGAGAAAAAGUAAUGCCGUAUCACUGGUAUACAGACCAGAGUUUUGCACUCUCCAUUAUGUGCCUUAUCAUCAUCCUCCCUCUCUCAAUACCUAAAGAAAUCAGCAUCCAGAAAUACACCAGUGUAUUGGGAACAUUGGCUGCCACCUACCUGAGUGUUGCUGUCAUAGUGAAGUAUUACUUGAAAGAGGAACACACAGCCAACCUCACUCCAGAACGCAGUGAAGGCAUGGAGUCCUGGGCUUCUAUGUUCAGUGUGGUCCCUACCAUCUGCUUUGGCUUCCAGUGUCAUGAAGCUUGCAUUGCCAUUUAUAGCAGCAUGGAGAACAAAAAGAUUACCCACUGGGUGUUCAUUGCUAUGGUCUCCAUGAUCUUCUGCCUGCUUAUCUACACCCUUACAGGAGUGUUUGGCUUCCUUACAUUUGGACAAGAAGUGGCUUCGGACAUUCUGAUGUCAUACCCUGGAAAUGAUGUGGUGAUGAUCAUUGCGAGGCUGUUGUUUGGGAUAUCAAUUAUCACCAUCUACCCCAUAAUACUUCUGCUGGGCAGGUCUGUGAUACUGACACUGGUGCUGCGUUACCGGGAGCGUGAGGCUAUGGUUACGGCAGUGUUUGAGAGCCGCUGCCGGGUGGGUCUAACAAUGCUGUGGAUUGGUGUGACACUAUUUAUUGCCAUCUAUGUACCAGACAUGAGUGAUGUCAUCAGCGUAAUUGGAGGAAUCAGUGCCUUUUUCAUCUUUAUCUUUCCUGGACUGUGUCUCAUAUUUGCCAUGCAGACAGAACCAAUGGGUCACAGAACAAAGAUGUUCCUAACUGGCUGGGGCGUUGUCACUGUUGUUACCGGAGCCUUCAUCUUUGGCCAGAGUACUACCAUUGCUAUCAUGGAGCUAGCACACAAGUUCUGA